AUGACUUCUAAACAAACAUCAGGUGGAAUCAAGUGUGGGGUGUGUCAUGCAGUUCCACCAAAGUACAAAUGUCCCCGGUGUGCACUCCCAUACUGCUCGCUGGUAUGCUUCAAAGCACACAAGACACAAGGGUGUGGAGAUUUCAGUAGUAAUAGUAAUAGUAGUAAUGAUAAAGAUCUUAAGAGUAGUAAGGAAGAAGGCGACAGAAAUUCAUCUACAGAAUUUAGUAAAACUACUGAGCCGUUAUUAGAAGGAGAGGCUGGCCACGGGUUGCCACCACCACCACCACCACUAUCAGCUCCAGAAUCAACAUCAUUACAGCAACAAGAACAACAAGAACAACAACAAAAACUAGUGGAAGACGGCUUACCUAUUGACGAGCGAUUUGAAGCAGUUAUUCGGGACGAACAAAUUCAAGCCUUGUUACGGUACGACGCGCUACGAUUUCAUUUGAAAAAUUUGUUUUCGUUGCAAACGGACGCUAAGCAUGCAGGUGAAAACACAGCAGAAGGUCGGCGUGCAGUUGCUCUGCGCAAGUUAACUGAGCUACGGGUUGGAGGGCUGGAGGCCAAUGAGUUGGUGGAGGAGUUUUGUGAGCGUGUGAUGGCUAUUUUGGAAGGCCAAGAGCCGUGA